GAGAGUGAACGAAAACCCACCUACCCCUAUAAAUGGAGAAGCAAGCUUGCACAAGAUCUCAGCUUCAAUCGCUGAAUCUACCCAUCUAACCUCUCGAGCUGCCCGUCUAGCCUCUUCGUUCUCUCUUUCUCCACCCAGCAGGAAGGCGAAGGAAAAGGGAAUGGCCCGCAAGAAGAUCAGAGAGUACGACUCCAAGAGACUGUUGAAGGAGCAUUUCAAGAGGCUCUCCGGCAACGAUCUGCCCAUCAAAUCCGCCCAAGUGACAGAAUCUACUGAUUUCAAUGAACUAGUCGAGAGGGAGCCCUGGCUCUCUUCGGAGAAAUUGGUUGUGAAGCCAGACAUGUUGUUUGGUAAGCGUGGGAAGAGCGGCCUGGUCGCCUUAAAUCUUGACUUAGCUCAGGUUGCUGUCUUUGUGAAAGAACGCCUUGGCAAAGAUGUAGAGAUGGGUGGAUGUAAAGGACCCAUUACAACUUUCAUUGUCGAGCCCUUCAUACCACACAACGAGGAGUUCUACCUUAACAUUGUCUCUGAUCGUCUUGGCAGCAGCCUGAGUUUCUCCGAGUGUGGAGGCAUUGAAAUUGAAGAGAAUUGGGAUAAGGUCAAAACUAUAUUUGUGCCAACUGGUUCACCUUUUACAUCGGAAAUGUGCGCUCCACUUGUUGCAACUCUUCCUUUGGAGAUUAAGGCAGUAAUAGAGGAGUUCAUCAAAGUGGUUUUUACCCUCUUCCAAGAUUUGGACUUCACAUUCCUCGAAAUGAAUCCUUUCACGUUGGUUGAUGGGAAACCUUAUCCUCUGGAUAUGAGGGGCGAACUGGAUGACACUGCUGCUUUCAAGAACUUCAAAAAAUGGGGCAAGAUUGAAUUUCCUAUGCCAUUUGGAAGAGUGAUGAGCCCCACAGAGACCUUCAUUCAUGGCCUGGAUGAAAAGACAAGUGCAUCUCUGAAAUUCACGGUUUUGAACCCAAAGGGAAGAAUUUGGACAAUGGUUGCUGGAGGCGGUGCCAGUGUCAUUUAUGCAGAUACCGUUGGUGAUCUUGGCUUUGCCUCCGAACUUGGGAAUUAUGCUGAAUAUAGUGGAGCCCCCAAUGAAGAGGAAGUUUUGCAGUAUGCCAGAGUUGUGAUUGAUUGUGCAACUGCUGAGCCUGAUGGCCAGAAGAGAGCCCUUGUUAUUGGAGGAGGUAUAGCUAACUUUACUGAUGUUGCUGCGACGUUUAGUGGCAUCAUCUGUGCACUGAAGGAGAAGGAAUCAAAGCUUAAAGCUGCCAGAAUGCACAUAUAUGUGAGAAGAGGAGGUCCCAACUACCAGAAGGGUCUUGCAAAAAUGCGAGCCCUCGGAGAGGAAAUUGGCAUUCCCAUUGAUGUUUAUGGGCCGGAGGCCACCAUGACUGGAAUAUGCAAACAGGCCAUCCAGUGCAUCACCGCGGCUGCUUGAGCUAUCAAGUUUGAUAAUCAUUGUGUCUCUUCUGCAUUUUGAUGGAUAUUUCUAAUUGUUCAGUUGAAUCCCAAUAGUGAUUUGUACGGGAGACUUCAAUGUCAUGAAUGUAAUCUUCGGCCACAACCGCAGUCCCUGAGAAUAAAAAUCAUUUAUCAUCUCAAAGCA